UCAAGGCAAUGAAAAUAAAGAUUUUAUAUUUUUAAAGGUAUUUUUUCUGGAUUGCUCAACUACAAGCUUGAUUCUCACUGUUUCUACUACUGUUUUUAGUCUGUAGAUUCUCUAAACUGUUUUUUUCAAAACAAAAAGAAGUAGUAAUCAACUAAACUUUUAGUCUAAAGUUUACAAAAUGGAAAUGUGCUGUGAACUUAACAAUCUACGUGAAUUGGUGGUUCAAUCUAUAAGUCAAGAAUCUACCAAAGUGUUGUCUGAAAUAGCAACCUGCAAGAAUAUUUUGGAUUUUCUGGAUAUAAAUGAUGGCAUUAUUUCUCUCAAAUAUCCUGAUUUUGUGUUAACCAAUAGCCAUUUUCUACAAAUUUGCAAAGACAAAAAUAAACAUAACAUAACAUUAGAAAAUCUUUCAUUAUUUUUUACAACCUACUGUAAGUAUAAUAUCUCUAGAGUGAUGGUUAUAAGGAUCUUAAAAAAGUUAAAAGGUUACAUUGUAAAAUUAAAUCGAGCCAAAAAUUUGGACUUUAAAAAACAUUUUUUAAGCUCUGCUUUAUCUUUUAAUGGUGCUUUUUCUGAUGUUGUUGGUUUGUUACCUUCUGAUGCUUGUUCUACCCCUACUUCUAUCUACAAUAGUGAAAUUGUUCCAAAUCAAGUUACUGUUUUUGUAUCUUCUGAUUUAAAUUUGCAAAUUACUAAUGAUGAAUUGUCGUGUCCUGUUACCCCAACUUCUAUUAUAUACAUCCCUUUAGAAAAUAGGUCUGAAAAAUUUCUUACUGAAACGCGUUUUAGUGAAGAGAAUCUUCCAGUUUCCAAUUCAGAUAAAAAACUACCUUUAUUUUCUGGUGAUUUGACCUAUCAAAUAAAAAGAUACAAACAGAGAAUUAAUCACCUUAAAUUGCAAAAUAGACAAGUUAAUAGAAGAUGUUAUGAAUAUAAAAGAAAAUAUCAAGCAAUCUUGUCAAAAUAUAAUGUUCGAAAUGUCAACAAAAGAGACGUUAGAAAAGAUUGUAAGAUUAACCAAUUGUUGCAAAUAAAUUUAAGAUUAGAAAAAGAAAUUGAUUUGGCUAGAAAGCGUUCCCAAUCAGAUCGACAAAAGGCUUGGUAUUUAAAGAAAAAAAUUAAAAACACUAUUUUGAAAACAUCUGAUGAAACAAAUGAUUCAUUCUUAAAGGAGAGUUUGAAUUACUUUGAAAAUCUUACAGAAGAGCUGAAGGAAAGAGUUGACAUUUUUGAAAAAAAUGUUAUUGACGUUUAUGAAGGAGGUAGAUAUAAUGAUGAAAUUCGCUCGGUAUAUUACGACCUUUUAAGUAAAAAUGUUUCUGUUAAUAAUGUUGAAUCUGUUAUCAGAACUGUACUACAAAAAAUGGCUGGAAUUUCAUGUGGCACACUUCCAAGAAAAUCUUUGGCUUCUGAAUUUUUUAGUGAAAUGAACCUUUUAGCAAAAGCUCAAGUGAGAGAGGCUAUGUUGAAUAGUACAAACAAUGUUCUUCAUACAGAUGGCACAAAAUAUAAUUUUAGAGAGGUUGGUAGUUUUCAAGUCACAACAUCAUCUGGUAGCUACACGUUUGGGAUAGAAGAUAUGUUUUCGGGAGAGGCACAAUCUUAUUUUGGAGAGCUAAAAAACUUACUCACUGAUAUGUCUAAGAUAUUUUCUCCUGACAAGGAAAACUACGAGAAUGAUCUUAGGAAACUUAUUUUUUCUUUCAAAUCUUUGAUGACAGAUCGCACUAUCGUUAAUUCAAGUUUUUUUCACCAAUUUAAACAUUGGAGAGAAGCAAUUUUGCCUUUUGUUGUUGAAAACUAUGAUCAGCUUCCUUUAAAUGAAAAAUUAAAAAUUUCUCAAAUGCAUCAUGUUUUUUGUGGCUUACACGUUAUCCACAAUCUAGGAAUAUAUGCAGAAAAAGCAAUAAUAGAAUGGGAAAAAGUGGUUGAGCAGGAAGGUAGUAUUCAUGGUGGUUUUAAAAGUUCUCAAAACUCUCGCACCUUUGAUAUUUUGUAUGAACUUUCAAAACUUACCAGCUAUCGGCAUGGUGAUCAGCGAUAUGGAAAAGCUGAUGAAUGGAAAUCAUUUUUGCGUAAAAGGUUUUCAAAAAAUUUUAUGGUUUCAUUUCUGCAUCAUCGCUUUAAUAUUAUAUUUGUACUUGGUGGAGCAACGUAUUAUCAUAAAGACCACCUUAAAGAAUUUGUUAUUAUUCUUAUUAUUAAUAAUAACGAAACACCGACAAUUCUUUAUAUGUAUAUUUGUUUUCUAUUGGACAUCUGCCGUCAUGGUGACAUACCCGUAAGUCAUGCUUUCUAUUUUUGUGCUGACAUGCCUGUCAAUAUAUGUAUCCUUGUGUUUACAUUUUUUUGUGUUUGCAUGUAUGUUUUUGUAGGUGUGUCUGCAAUUAUUUGCAUGUUUGUUUUUACUCACUUGUUAGUCACUAUAUGCAUGUUUGUGUUUAUGUAUCUGUUAGUCAUUAUGUGUAUGUUUGUGUUCUGUUGGACCUCUGAAGUGGUGUUGACGCACAUGUAAGUCACUAUAUGUAUGUUUGUGUUUAUGUACCUGUUACUCAUUAUGUGUAUGUUUGUGUUCUGUUGGACCUCUGGAGCGGUGUUGGCGCACCCGUAAGUCACUAUAUGUAUGUUUGUGUAUAUGUAUCUGUUAGUCAUUAUGUGUAUGUUUGUGUUCUGUCAGACCUCUGGAGCGGUGUUGACACACCCGUAAGUCACUAUAUGUAUGUUUGUGUUUGUAUACCUGUUACUCAUUAUGUGUAUGUUUGUGUUCUGUUGGACCUCUGGAGCAGUGUUAACACACCCGUAAGUCACAAUAUGUAUGUUUGUGUUUAUGUACCUAUCAGUCAUUAUGUGUAUGUUUGUGUUCUGUUGGACCUCUGGAGCGGUGCUGACCCAUCCGUAAGUCAUUAUAUGUAUGUUUGUAUUUAUGUAGUCAUUAUGUGUAUCUUUGUGUUUAUCUACCUGUAAGUCAUUAUAUGUAUCUUACUCUUUUGUUGGAACUGUGGAAUGACUAUAAUUUUAUUUGAUAAUGCAGGUUAGUCAUUUUGAUCAAGUUUUUGUUUUUUUUAUUUAUGUUUGUGUCUGUUGGUCUUAUGGCACAGCGUUGAAACAACAGUAAGUCAUUGUAUGUAUAUUUGUGAGUUGUUCCAACUAGGCUGCAAGCAAUCAUUGUAGGAGUUGGAAGUUACUGGAAGAGAAAAGAUGAAGUUUGUAGAGUAAGAUAAUAAUUGACAGAUGACUUAAAAGAUUGCAAAUUAUAUGAAACAGGGAAGCAAGAUAAAGGAAGCGAAUUCCAAAAAACUGAUGUUCGAGGAAAAAAAUAGAAGAAUAAGAGUUUUUGGAGCACUUAGAAACAGUCACAAGAGAAUGAAUUUUAGUAGUUAAACAAGGGACUCUAGCUAUUUAGAGCAGUGCCCAUAUUUGUAGAAAAGAGAAAGAGAAGCACCAUUACAACGAUGUGAUAAUGGUUGGAGGUUGGCUGCAAGAGCAGGUCCAACUAUGUUUACAAUGCAUUUUUGCUCCUUGUCUAAAAGAGAAAGGGCAUCAUUAGAAUAUCUGCCCCAGCGUUUUUUGCAGCGUUUAGUGCCACAGGGUCUGUGUGUUUUGUGAUUGUGAUGUUAUUGUUGUGAUGUUCUGUGUUGAUAGACAACUUGGCUUACCUUCUCGCUGGUGUCUAUCGUUAAAAAUGAUUAUUAGGUUGUUUCGUUACUGAAACUACUUCUAAUCAUUCACUAAAAGCCAAGAGAUAAAUUUUAGA